CGAGCGCUCGGGUGGGAGCCGGCGAGAUGCGUUCGGCGGGCGGCGCCCACUGACCUCCCUCGGCCGCCCGGCCGGGGCAGGGCCGGAGCCGGGAGCCAGCCCCGCCCGCCGCCCCGCCCAUGGGCCGCCAGCCCCCGCAGCCGCCCGCCCGGAGGACCGCGCCGAGGGGGGGAGCCGCCUGAAGGACCGCGACGGCCGCGCCCGCAGGCCAUCUGGAUGUCAGCAUGGCAGCCACAAACCUGGAGAACCAGUUGCACAGUGCCCAGAAGAACCUCCUGUUCCUUCAGCGGGAGCACGCCAGCACCCUCAAGGGGCUGCACGCCGAGAUCAGGCGGCUGCAGCAACACUGCACAGAUUUAACAUAUGAGCUGACACUCAAAAGUUCGGACCAGACAGACCCCGGCCCUUGGCUUGUUCUUCUAGGAGAGGGGUCUUCCAGAAGCAGUGAACUAAAGAGAAGAUGUGAAGAACUGGAAGCCCAACUGAAGCUCCAGGAGAACGAGAACAAUGAGCUGCUCAGAGAGCUGGAGCAGAAGAACGCCAUGAUCGCGGUGCUGGAGAACACCGUCAAGGAGCGGGAGAAGAAGUACCUGGAGGAGCUGAAGGUGAAGAGCCACAAGCUGAACAUGCUGUCCAGCGAGCUCGAGCAGCGCGCCAGCACCAUCGCCUACCUGACCUCCCAGCUGCACGCCGCCAAGCGCAAGCUCGUGAGCGCCAGUGGGACCUCGGACGGCAGCCCCUCCGGGAGCCCCGUGCUGGCCAGCUACAAGCCGGCGCCCCCCAAGGACAAGCUGCCCGAAACGCCCCGCCGCCGGAUGAAAAAGAGCCUCUCGGCCCCCCUGCACCCUGAAUUUGAAGAGGUCUACAGAUUUGGGGCUGAGAGCCGGAAACUCCUCUUGCGGGAGCCAGUGGAUGCCAUGCCUGACCCCACCCCAUUCCUGCUGGCCAGGGAGUCCGCCGAGGUCCACCUCAUCAAGGAGAGGCCUCUGGUCAUCCCCCCCAUCACCUCCGACCGCGGCCCGAGCGAGCAGCACAGCCCGGCCCGCGAGAAGUCACACAAGGCUCACGUGGGGGUGGCCCACCGCAUCCACCACACUGUCCCGCCACAGACCCAGCCCGAGGUGGAGACACUGGCGGUUGACCAGGUGAACGGAGGGAAAGCCGUGAGGAAGCACUCAGGGACGGACAGAACUGUGUGAAGCCUGCCCUAGGCGGCCCUUCACCCUCGGCUGUCGAUGCACUGUGAUCACUACUAGGAAAAACUCAUCCUUUUUUUUUUUUUUUUUUAAAUCCCAUGCAUGCCAAAUUUUUUUCAGACCUGUCAACAGAUUCUUCUUCUCCUGCUCCUCUUGCCCUCUUACUGACACCAAAAUACGAUCGUGUCCCUGCUGCAGAAUACGUAUUUACUAAUUGCUGUGGCCAAACACCUGUGUGCCGAAUCGCUUGCUUCUAAUCCCACUCCGUGUAACCUCCGUGCGCUCGUGGACAGAGCACAGGCCCCAGGCUGCAUCACUGCUCGACGUUAAUGAAAUCAGACAGUCACACGCCUCACUAUACAGCCAGAGCAAUACACGCCGACCGACCUUGACCCUCGCUCCAGUUUCCAGGGCAGCCCGUCUGGAGCAGCCCCUGCUCCCUCCAGGAGACCCUGUCACCUCCCGACAAGCCUUUCCCAGGGCGGCACAGAGAGCCAAGAAGCUGUAUAUGUAUAUCACGGGAACAAAAUAUGAUGUUACUUCUCAUAUCACCACAACCUGAAUGUGUGUUCAUAUUUUUUGUUAGUUUUAUCCAAAGUGUUCAAGAUCCCAACAAACUUUAUUUUCUAAACCUGC